GGCUCGGCCCUAGUCUGGAAACAGGUAUUGACUAUUGGGCCACGCCCUACCGUUCCAAUUUACAAAACAAGCCACCGCCCCCCUUCGGCUUCCUCUGAAUACCGAACCAGUUUCCAUUGGAGGGCUCUUCCAAGAAUCAUACACUCGCUCUCUCUCUUUGCUCUUUGUAGGUUUAUGAUAGGAGAGAAUAGCUGGUGAUGUGCUUAUGGUUUCUUUUGGUUCAAAAGCUUUACCGUCGAGGAGACACAAAACCCAUAAUUUAACUGAGGAUAACUUGAUGGCUGGGGAGGACAAUUCCUAUGGCAGAAGGAAGAAAGACACAAGAAGGAAAGCUGCAAAGGGGCAUCGUGAGUUUGAGGGGGAUCAUCGUCAAAAGGGUUUAUCUGGGUGGGGGCCUGAUGGAACUGUGAAACCUGAAAAGCCCUUCAAGCACAAAAAUACCUCAGAACCAAAAACUUAUCAUCUCAGGAAACAGGUGGAUCCAGAAAUGGCAAAAUACUUCUCAGAAAUUGCAAAUGUAAUUGAGGGUAAGGAGGUUGAUUUGGAGGAACGAUCAGUUAUUUGUGGUAAUGCUCUGGAAGAAGCUAGAGGGAAAGAAUUAGAGCUGGCAACUGAUUAUAUCAUAAGUCACACUUUGCAAGCCCUCCUUGAGGGCUGUGAUGUAGACCACCUUUGUCGUUUCCUUCAAAGCUGUGCAAAGGAUUUCCCUUAUAUUGCCAUGGAUCGGUCCGGUUCUCAUGUAGCCGAGACAGCUCUCAAGUCUUUAUCUUUGCAUCUUCAGGAUAAAGAGUCCUACACUCUUGUCGAAGAGACUCUAGCUACGAUAUGCAAGGUGAUUGUAGUCAAUCCUGUUGAUGUGAUGUGUAACUGCUAUGGAUCUCAUGUUAUUCGGAGUCUUCUUUGCCUUUGUAAAGGAGUACCAUUAGAUUCUCCUGAGUUCCAUGCCACAAAGUCAUCUACAGUUCUAGCAGAGCGGUUGAAUUUCAGGCCACCUCAAUUGGAUGGAAAUGGCGUACUGCAUCAACAGGGAUUACCAGAAUUGCUUAAAUUUUUUGUAUUAGAGAUGUUUAAGUGUGCCCAAAAAGAUAUUGCAAUCCUGCAAGUUGAACAGUACAGCAGUUUGGUUCUCCAGACAGUUUUGAAGUUACUAGCAGGACAUGAUGAAGAAUUGUGGCAUAUUAUUCCUCUUCUUCUUGGCUGCAAAAAGAAAAAUAGUAAGGAAGGAAACUUCAUAGAAAUAGAUGAAGUGCGAAACAUUGUUGAUUUGAUGAAAGAAACUGCAUUUAGCCAUCUAAUGGAGGUUAUUUUGGAAGUGGCUCCUGAAACCUUGUACGAUGAGAUAUUCACAAAAGUUUUCAGGAAUUCAUUGUUUGAGGUUUCAUCUCAUCAUUGUGGAAAUUUUGCUGUUCAGGCGUUAGUUUCUCAUGCAAGAUGUCAAGGUCAAGUGGAGUCCAUAUGGGAAGAACUUGGUCCAAAGUUUAAGGAUCUUCUAGAAAUGGGAAGGUCAGGGGUUAUAGCUUCUCUGCUUGCAGCAAGUCAAAGGCUUGAUACCCAUGCACAAAAGUGUUGUCAGGCCCUUGCUGCUGCAGUAUGUCCAGCAAAUGAGCCUCCAAAAUGUAUUGUUCCUCGGAUAUUAUUUCUUGAAAGCUACUUAUGCUGUGAAGACAAAUCCAAAUGGACCUGGCCACGAGGUGUUAAGAUGCAUGUCUUAGGUUCUCUGAUUUUGCAGACAGUUUUUAAAUGUCUGAGUGGAUUUAUUCAGCCUUAUAUAUCAAGUAUCACAUCCAUGGAAACUGACCAUGUUCUUGAAGCAGCAAAAGAUGCAGGGGGAGCACGUGUUAUUGAAGCUUUUCUAAGUUCAAAUGCUUCUAAGAAACACAAACAGAGAUUAGUUGUGAAGCUACGAGGACAUUUUGGAGAGCUUGCAAUGCACCCAUCAGGUUCAUUUACAGUUGAAAAAUGCUUCACUGCCUGUAAUGUGUCACUGAGAGAAACCAUUAUGCAUGAGUUGUUAGCUGUUCGAACCGAGCUCUCCAAGACUAAGCAUGGCCCUCACCUCUUAAGGAGACUAGAUGUUGACAGAUUUGCUGCCUGGCCUGAUCAGUGGAGGCUGAAACAAUCAUCAAAAGAAUCUGCUUAUAAAGACUUUUAUGCUACAUUUGGCUCUAAAGAAACUCAGUCAUCCAAAACUGACAGCUUUGUUGAUCCUUCCUACCACUCAUCACACCCAAAUUCAGUAAAAGCAAUGAGGAAAGAGAUCGACCAGUGCUUGGCUUCAGUGACUAAAUUGAAUGUUUCUGGGCAUAAGCGCCAUCCAGAAGGAGCUGAACAGGGCAGUGAAAAAUUUUCCAAACAGGCUUUGGAUGAAGAUGUCUUGAAAAUAAAAAACAAAGAAUCGAAAAAGAAAAAGAAUUAUGGUUCAAUUGAGCAUGCCACUGCAGCAGCAAGGGAUAAGGAGCCAUCCCAAUCUGUUGACAAGAUGGAGAAGAAACGUAGCCGGAAGGAUGGCCUGUCAAAACCUUUUACAAAGAAGUUGAAGGUCUGAAAUGCAGAUUACGUAGCUUUUGAUCUCUCUUGAUCACCCAGUUUUGUAUGACUUAACUUAAGCUGCAUGACUGUAGCUUAAUCAGAGAAUUUUGUUCUUGUUUAUAUUGUCUACGCUGGAUAGUGAGUUCCCUUGCAAGCAUUAGUUGAAAACUGUUGUAUAUUCAUUAUAAAUUUCAGUGCAUGUGACUCUUGCAGGACACUAGAGAAGUAAAAACCAGUCUACAGUAGCAAAAUGAAUGCAAAUGUAACUGAAAAUUAAAUGUAGAGCGAUCUUGUUAUCUUCAGUGUUUUGCUUCCCUUUCAGUCAUCAGUCAUCUGAUGGAGGGCUGCACCUAGCACAAAAAUGUAGCAUUGGAGUCAAUUAUGGAAAGCUGCAAAUGGCUGAAAGACCUGAAAUUUCAGUUGUUGGUGACAGAAGUUACUUGUUCUGAAUGGGAUUGGAAGUGCUUGGAGGUAUUCUUCUGAAGCUGGACCCUAACUUGAACCUGUCGUCCGCAUGCAAAUCUUUGAGAGCCGGAGGGGAAGAAGAUGGUGGAGGGAAGGGAAGGUGCCUGGCGUAGGCUCCAUUGGCCCAGAGGCAUGGAAGGAUUGCAGCAGCAAGAGCAAGAAGAAGGAGACAGCAGGCCUUCAUGGUAAGUAGAAGAUGGGCUUAGGAGGUUGUGAAGAGAUUGAAGGAUGGUGGGUUGGUCAUUGGUGUUGAUUUAUGUAAUAUCAAACUGGGUCACUAGUGUGAUCAUGUGAAGCAUCUUUGACUGCUCCCAUGUUGGAACUAUACCAUAGGAUAUGGUACCAUACUACCACAGUAUCAGAAGGGUCAUGUGACUAGGCACGUGAUUGCAACAUAUAGGGUUUUAUAUUUUGAUUUUGGUCCUGGUGCUUCUGCCUGUCAACCUACUGCAGUUGUUUAAUAUAAAAAAA